AUCACAAAGGAAUGACUCCCACUGCCAGAUGACAAACAAGUAGGAGGCUGUCCUUGUUAGCUUGUCAUUGUAUUGUAAGCCUGGAGCCAGUGGUGUGUCUGGAAUCUGAAAUCAUCAUAAAAGGGCCUGACUCCACCUGAAGACAUCCUGCUCCCCACAGAACCUCAGGACAGUUUGAUGGACAGCUCGUGGAGCAAAUGGACAACUUUGUGGAGCUUUGAGCCUCUUUCCUUGGAUCAGUCUUCUGGAGCGUGUCCGUUAUGGAAAGGUCCACGUGAAGCCGGAUCGGCGCCGGUGCUGCUUCGCUCCCUGUGAGAAGACUCAAAGGUCAGAUCCAGCCGUCGCCUCAGCUGCUCCUGGUUGGCUCCUCUGAAGAAAGGAAUCCUGAAUAUGCUCUUCUUCAGCAGAUGAACAGCCAUGGACACCGUCUCCUCGUUGCUCUGUCCUCUCCUCGUCCUCCUGUCCUGCCURCCCUCCUGCGUCUCCGACAUGCUGUGUCCGAAGCGCUGCACCUGCCAGAACCUGCUGCCGUCCUACACGGUGCUGUGUGCCAAGACGGGCCUCCUCUURGUCCCGCCCAACAUCGACCGGCAGACGGCCGAGCUCCGGCUGAUGGACAACUUCAUCACCACGCUGAGGCACCGCGACUURGCCAACAUGUCCAGCCUGAUCCACCUGACGCUGAGCAGAAACACCAUCAGUCAGAUCAGACCCUUCACCUUCGCCGACCUCCAGGACCUCCACGCCCUCCACCUGGACGCCAACCGCCUCACCGUCCUGGACGACUCCCACUUCCAGGGUCUGGUGAACCUGAGGCACCUCAUCCUGGCCAACAACCAGCUGCACAGCAUCUCAGAGGGAGCCUUUCAG